AUGGUCAUGUCAGUCAUCUCAGGCGUCUACGGCAUCAGUUCCACCCUUUACUCCAACCUAUUCAUCACUCUUCCAUACCCUGAAACAAAACAUGAUCUAUCCGACAAAGUCAUGAUAGUGUCUGGAUCCAACACAGGAUUGGGCUUUGAAGCCAGUCAACAUCUUCUUCGUCUUGGUUUGGGCAAGCUUAUCAUGGCUGUUCGCAACCUCGACAAAGGUGAAGAAGCCCGUCGGGAGUUAUUGAAGUUGACAAAACGAGAGCCUGAGUCAAUCGAAGUCUGGUUCCUCGACAUGGCCAACUAUGAAUCCGUCAAGUCAUUCGCCAUGAGAGCAAACGCCUUGCCUGGACUUGAUGUUGUGCUUGCCAAUGCUGGUCUUGCAACUUCUGACGAGUUUACCACUGUUGAGGAUAACGAACGUACCAUCACCGUCAACGUCAUCUCAACUUUCCUCCUCUUCUUUCUCUUACUUCCAAAACUUCGCAAGUCGUCUUUUCCGGGCAAAUUCAUCAUCCCCAACUCAGCCACGCACUACUGGGCUCCCACCAAAGAACUUAUCCCUGACGAAAAGGCCGGGCCCAUAUUUUCACGCCUCAAUGAUCCAGCCAAGUCCAACAUGGCAGCAAGAUACUACGUCUCCAAGCUCAUGGUUCUUUAUCUCACACGAGAGAUCGCCUCUGGUCUUGAAACCUCUGAGAAGAACAGUGUGAUUAUUAACACCCCGAACCCCAGCUACUGCAAGUCUGGCUUGAUGCGGGAAAAGGAAGAUACUGCACCUCCAGACUUUUUGGCUCGGAGUGGAGAGAUGGGUAGUCGUGCUCUUGUCGCUGGUGUUCUUGCUGGUCCUGAGAGCAAUGGGAAGUACAUGAACAACUGUCAGAUUCAUGAACCUGCCUGCCAUGUCACUAACAAGAUGGGUGCCAAGAUCCAGGCUGCAUUGUACAAGGAGCUACUGGGAAAAUUGGAAGGUAUUGCGCCUGGUGUUACCAAGACUCUGUAA